AUGUCUAUCUAUCUAUCAUCUAUCUUUUAUCUAUCUUUAUUCCCAUUCUUAUCAUUGCUAUCUAUCCAUCUCAUUCUGAUCCUUAUCUAUCUACUCUUUCUUCUAUUAUUAUCUAUUAUCCCAGGAGUUCAUUGCUAUCUAUCCAUCUCAUUCUUCCUUAUUAUUAUAUAUCUAUUAUCUAUCUAUUAUUAUUAUUAUUAUGAUCCAUUAUUAUCUAUCUAUCCCUAUUCUUAUCAUCUAUCCCUAUCAUUGCAUCCAUCUCAUUCUGAUCCAUUCAUUAUCUAUCUAUCUAUCUAUCUAUCUAUCUAUCUAUCUAUCCAUCUUAUCAUUCAUUCAUCUAUCCAUGAUCCUAUCUAUCUAUCUAUCUAUCUAUCUAUCCCAUUCUUAUCAUUGCUAUCUAUCCAUCUCAUUCUGAUCCUUAUCUAUCUAUCUAUCUAUCUAUCUAUCUAUCCCAUUCUUAUCAUUGCUAUCUAUCCAUCUCAUUCUGAUCCUUAUCUAUCUAUCUAUAUCUAUCUAUCUAUCUAUCUAUUCAUCCCAUUCUUAUCAUCUAUCUAUCCAUCUCAUUCUGAUCCAUCCUAUCUAUCUAUUCAUUAUUAUCAUUCUUAUUUUAUCUAUCCAUCAUCAUUCAUUGAUCCUUGUCAUCCAUCUCAUUCUAUCCAUCUAUCUAUCUAUCCAUUCUUUAUCAUUUAUCUAUCCAUCUAUCUAUCUAUCUAUCUAUCUAUCUAUCUAUCUAUCUAUCCCAUUCUUAUCAUUGCUAUCUAUCCAUCUCAUUCUGAUCCUUAUCUAUCUAUCUAUCUAUCUAUCUAUCUAUCUAUCUAUCUAUCUAUCUAUCCCAUUCUUAUCAUUGCUAUCUAUCCAUCUCAUUCUGAUCCUUAUCUAUCUAUCUAUCUAUCUAUCUAUCUAUCUAUCUAUCUAUCUAUCCCAUUCUUAUCAUUUCUAUCUAUCCAUCAUUCAUCCCUGUCCUCUAUUAUCUAUCUAUCUAUCUAUCUAUCUAUCAUCUAUCCCAUUCUUAUCAUUAAAUUAUCUAUCCAUCUCAUUCUGAUCCUUAUCUAUCUAUCUAUCUAUCUAUCUAUCUAUCUAUCUAUCUAUCUAUCCCAUUCUUAUCAUUGCUAUCUAUCCAUCUCAUUCUGA